AUUAUAAAUAGGCAUUGGUACGCUGCGUUUCAUGACCAAGUUACAACGGUGUACAAACAUCUGAAGACUGAAAAGAGUACUGAAAACACUCCUCAAAAAUGGCCGGUGAAUCCUCGGCGGCUGCAGCGACAUUGGCGGUCUCUCCGGUGACGGAGGAGGAGAUUACUUUGACGGUGAAGUGGAGCGGGAAAGAGUAUACAGUGAGAGUGUGUGGAGACGACACUGUUGGAGAGCUGAAAAGGCGAAUAUGUGAAGUAACCAACGUGCUGCCUAAACGACAGAAGCUCCUUUACCCCAAAGUCGGCUCAAAGCUCUCCGAUGACUCUGCUCUGCUCUCACAACUAUCCCUUAAAUCCUCUCUCAAAAUGACCAUGAUCGGCACCGUUGAAGAUGAUAUAUAUGUGGAUCUAGUGGAUCCCCCUGAGGUUGUGGAUGAUUUUGAACUUGGGCAAGAUGAAGUCAUAGAAAUCAAAGAUAAAGAAGUUAACAAACAGAAACUUCGGAGGCGCAUUGAGCAGUACAAGAUAGUGCUCCGCAACCCAUGCCGUGAAGGUAAAAAACUACUUGUUCUGGAUAUUGACUAUACCCUGUUUGAUCAUCGGUCAUCUGCUGAGAACCCAAUUGAACUGAUGCGACCUUAUCUUCACGAAUUUCUGACUGCUGCUUAUGCGGAAUAUGAUAUUAUUAUCUGGUCUGCAACCAACAUGAAGUGGGUUGAAUUGAAGAUGGGACAACUUGGUGUACUCGAUCAUCCUAAUUACAAAAUUACAGCAUUGCUGGAUCAUUUAGCUAUGAUCACUGUUCAAUCAGAUACUCGUGGGGUCUUUGACUGCAAACCACUUGGCUUGAUUUGGGCACAUUUUCCAGAGUUUUACAGCUCGAAGAACACCAUAAUGUUUGACGACCUACGAAGGAAUUUUGUAAUGAAUCCUCAGAAUGGGUUGGCCAUAAAGCCAUUCAGAAAGGCCCAUGCAAAUCGUGGCACUGAUGAGGAGCUGUUGAAACUCACGCAGUACUUGCUUGCUAUAGCAGACAUUGAUGACCUUAGCAGCAUUGAUCAUAGCGACUGGGAGUCAUUUAAUGAGGACAGUUACAAGAGAAGACGACAAGAAUGAAUGGGGAGAUUGGUUUUAGAACUGUAUCUAUACCCCUUAGGGAACAUGUGGGUCUUAUUUUGUUUGUCGAAGAUGCAAUCCAGUGUGUGUUUUGGUAGGAUCUGAAGCGUCUUCUCUGCUUAACCUGCAAUGGCAUGGUGAUAGGCGGGUUAUAUUAUAUCAAGUCUAAGAAGUUCACAAGGGGUAUUGAAAUUGGACUGUAAAAAUUAUGUAUUCUCCUAACUAUAGGCAUCGGUUUCAUGAUCCAUUUGUUCUAUAAGUGGAUGUGAAACACUGAAGGUCUUAAUUCCUUAAUCCUGACUCUCAGGCUCCAGAGUAAUUCCGAGGGCCUAGUUUGGGGAUAUCGAAUUUGUGAAAUGGUUCCUCGUACUAUACUAUAAUUGGUUGAAGUCUGGAGAUUUUGGUCAAA